AUGGCGACACUAUUAACGCACGAUACAGAUGACGAUCUGUAUAUCGGACCCGUGAAGACCAUUGAAGAUGAAAACCAGCUGUUUGAAGCCAUAGAACUGGACGAGAACGAUGACAAGUUGACUCCUGUGAAGAUCAAGCGUUUAUCCGGCACCACAAUUACAAGCAGCGACGGCGAGGCGCUCAUAGGAGAAGAACGAGACCAUAUUCAUGAGAUGCACAAUCGUCUCAUGCUGGUUCCUACCAGUUGCUUGACACUGUCACCAAUUAAGAACCACUUUCGACGAGCUACGACUGUAGCCGUGCCAACGCAAGGUCUUUUGCCCAAGACUGAGACGUUUGAGAUUAAUGCCGACAGUGACAGUGAGAACAGUGAUAUAUCAACAAGUACGAGACUUAUGCGGUCCAAGAGCUGGUCCGGAAGCUCUCAACGUGUCGCGGCUAUAAAGGCGAUCGAAAACCGUCAAGUGCGUUUUCGUUUCUCGACAGCUGCGUCGGCGCGUGAGACUGUACGUGAAAUGUAUUCUCAUCGACUUCGAGAAUUCCCUGAGGAAUGUAUGAUGACGGCACAAAUGGAGAUGCAAGUUGGUGCCGUAUGGCGCACGAUGACAAUGGAGGUGGAUCGUGAUGGUAUCAAUUGCCAACGGUUGUCGCUUUUUCGUAGAAAGACCAAGGAGUUUCAAAUUGCCAAGGAUGAUCUACUUGCUGCAGCCCUUACGUUUGGAAAUAAGUGCAGUGUGGACGUGCAUUAUAUGCUUCCAGGAAAGGGAAAGCAGCAUCGCCGACUUUUGCGCCGCUACCGCAGCGUGACUUUUCGCUUUAGUGAUAAAACGAUUGCUACCAAGCUAGUGGCUUCAGUGCAGCUAUUUGUGAAAUGGAUGGCUCGUGUGCCGGAAAAUAUGACACGCCGCAUCAAAGUGGUGGUGAACCCGUACUCGGGCAAACGUCGAGGACGCCAGGUCUGGGAACACUGGAGACCGCUGCUGGAGCUCGCCGACAUCCACUGCGACGUGGAGGAGACAGAGCAUAGUGGACACGCACGCGAAAUUGGUGCGGCGUUUGACUUGAAGAUGAAAUACGAGGCUAUUGUGUUUGUCGGUGGUGACGGCACAGUGAACGAGUUUAUGAACGGCGUGUUUACUCGAGAGGAGAGUAUGUGGCGUACCCUGGUUGCCACGACCCCGGUCUCGCUGUUCUGUGCCGGUACCGAUAACGCCUUCGGUAGGGGCGUGGGUACCCCGACUCAUGCUUCGUCGGUGUUCUGCAUCAUUAAGCGCAAGAUUCGCCCACUGGACGUAUUGGCGUGCCAGGCCAGCAAUGAAGAUGGCACUACUCGUCUAGAAUUUGCCUGCACGGGUGUGAGCUAUGGCAUCGGCUCGGAUAUUGCCGUAGAGUCCGAGACCACGCGAUGGCUUGGCGUAUAUCGUUACUUUUAUCUGAAGGUUAAGCGUGGCCUUAUUGCACCGCGCAAGCACGAGGCCAAGAUCAGCUACGUCUUGUCGGACAACACGCCGGUCGAUCCCGAGACGGGCGAGCAAAUUCUACGCACGUACUAUGAGAUAAUGGAUGAGACUGCUGGGGACCAACAUCAUGUGGAGCGCUGCAGUAUCUAUGAAAACUCAGACCCGGCGGUUAAGCAGUGGGAGGGUGACGCCGAGACCAUCUUCCAUCCUGCUAGGGAAGAAAAGUACGCGGGUCAAUGGCAGAGUUUCUCGUCCGAGUUGACGUCUGCUGGCGGCUCGAACGUGUACUUUGAGACAAAGUAUAUACACCCGUCGGAUGGUAAUUUUGACCUCAUCUAUUCGCGCAAGGGCAACGUCAAGCAGACACUCGAGAUUACGGCAAUGGUGAUUGAGCCAAUAGUGGAAGAUGUACUGAACGUUGACGGCGAAGUAUUUGUGGGCCCGGGUCCGUUCCGCGUGGAGGUCGUACCCCAAUUGCUGUGUGUGCUAUCUGAAAAGUAA